AUGGUGGCCUCCGCACCGCAAGUGUACGUCAGUAGCGCAAACACAGGGGUUGAGAAAUGCGCCAGUAGCCUCUUGCCUCCCCAUACGUGGGCUGAACCCGGCCGUCGUCAUGCAGAGACGGAGGCAUCUCUGCUGGAGGCCCAGGAGGCCCAGCGGAGGGCAAGGGCAUCUGAGAUGCAGAGUCGCAACGCAAGGGACGAUCUGCCAUUCUGCCAGGUACAGCACAGCAAGCACAGCACCGUGUCAGCCGUGUCCGCGUGUGUGGGGCACCGGGAAGCCGGGAAGCCGGGAGGUGCUCUGCCAUGCUGCCAUGCUGACCUCGUCGUGUCACCGUGCCCUGCGUGCCUGGAAGUCGAGACGGUAGUGCCCACGCGGUCGGGUCAUGGCGAUCAAGCGGCCCAGUCGAGGCAUCAGCGGGCCACCGAGUGA